ACAACAGAUCCGAAAGAGCGAAUGAAUUUCACUGAACUUUCACGCGAAUGUGGUGUUUACGCUGAAGAAUUUGAAGUGGUGACUGAAGAUGGCUAUAUAUUGACGCUCUUCCACAUACCAGGGAAGAAGAAACCGGUACUAUUGGUGCACGGAAUAGGCGACACUUCGAACACUUGGGUCCUCAGAGGCAACAACUCCUUGGCUAUAACCCUGGCGCGCGAAGGCUACGAUGUAUGGGCUGGAAAUAUAAGAGGCAACCGAUAUGGAAGGAAGCAUGUUCAUCUCAAUCCAGACACUGACGAGGCAUUCUGGGACUUCAGUUUUCACCAAGUGGGCUUAUUCGACUGGCCGGCGAUGAUCGAUCGAGUGUUGAAAGAAACUAAACAAACAAAACUCAGUGCAAUUGCACAUUCGCAAGGUACAACAUCCUUUUUUGUUUUGGCAUCCUUAAAACCAGAAUAUAAUGAGAAAGUUGACCCACUAAUAGCUCUAGCUCCUGUAGCAUUUCUAGACCAUAUAGGACCUGGUAUGGCAACUAUAGCAAAAGCAGGUCCCCUUAUUGCAAAAGUCCUGAAAAUACUACGGGUCAAUGAGAUAUUUGCUGAUGGUAACGCAGAUAAAAAGCUCAUGGAAUCAUUUUGCACUCUAGGAAAAUUGACACAAAAGAUUUGUACAAUUUUCCCCGUGGGUAUAAUAACUGGUAUCAAUCCAGAUGGUAUAGAAUCAGAAUUUAUUCCACUGUUGUUUGCUCAAUAAUUCGCUGGUAUUUCACGGAAAACUUUAGAGCAUUACGAUCAAAUAUAUUUUAGUGGAAAAUUUGCUGAAUUUGAUUACGGACCUUCAAAGAAUGUUCUUGUUUAUGGAAAAAUUGCUCCU